UUCACACCUACGCAUAGUUUCUUACUUCAGUCAAUAAUUAUCUCCCUUGCAUCGUUCAACUGAUGCGAAUUUUAUAACAAUUUACAUGUAGAUAAUAGUAUUAAAGUGUAUUGUGGUUAUGUUUAGAGUAAUUGUUAUGUUUUGGACGUUUUAACGGCAUCAUUUGUGAAUUAUUGAUUGGCGGUUAGGACGUUUUGGUAACGGAACCUUUCAAUCAGUUACAAUGGAUGCAGUGAGCAGUCGAUGGAUUGCGUGUGCAACUUUAGUAUUAUGUUCUUUUAUAUCAGUUGCGCACACCAUAGACUGUUUCAAAUGCGUGUCCAUGAACGGCCGGUUCCCAGCCUGCGACGAUCCGUUCCACAACAACCACUCGCUCCAAAUGCUGGAGUCGCCCUGUAUGGGGGGACGGAAGGGGAGGGAUGGCUUGUUCCCAGCUACGUCGUGUAUCAAGAUUGCCGGUGUUUUUGAUGACACAGGCGAAUCCAUAACAGUGCGUGGUUGUGGUCUAGACUCAGGCACAGCCACUACAGACACAGAGAUUAUAAGGAUGUCUCAUUGUGGAAGAUUUUAUUAUAAUGACAGAUACGUCCACGGCUGCCUACAAAGUUGCAAUGACGCCGACGCCUGCAACACUGCGUUUAAAAUAACAUCACCCGUCUCUCUCCUACUUAUAGUCUUCUUAAUUGCCAUGAAGAGCUAACAGAUAUAAAUAAAUAUGUUCUACUCCAAUUGACUUAUAUAGAUAAAAAAUUGGCCAUUUUGUUGUGGUUUUAGCUACAAGUUGUGCUCUCUUUCGCACGUAUGUAUAGACGCAGUGGUAGAUAGAGAUAGAUAGCUAAAGUUGCGUCCAAGAAUAAUGAGAAAUGUUUAGUUUUAGUAGGUAUAUAAUUACUGCUAAAUAUUUAAAAGUCAAUUUAGAAGCUUUUAAAGCUUUUAAACGGAUGCUCUCAAAAUAUAAUUGUGCAUUGAAUAUUUUUGUUUCAAGGAUGAAAUUGGGAAAAGUUAAUGAAUAAAAACGUUUCUAUGUUUUUUUAUUCUCAAAAAAGUUACGAAAAUAAUAUUUGUUAUAUAUUUUUUAAUUAAGUUUGUGAUUUAUCUGAAGCGUUUAACAUUAUAUCUCUUAUAAAUUAUCAUUUUUGAAACGAUAGCAAAGCAAUAACGUACAAUAUU